CCAGUACGGAAGCCGGUCCUGAUCAAACUGAUCAACCGGCUUGAAUGCAAGGCAUGCAAUCUCUGUCACAUACCAGCUAGCAUAGCAACCACACAGAUCAACAGAGAGUUUGUAUAUAGCUGCACAGAUCGCAGUCAGAUUGUAUUUAAUGUUAGUCGUCCCAGCGUAACUGCACUAUAAUCUAUAGAAAUAUAGAUCUACCACGUCGCAGUGACCAGGAUGGAGUGGCAGCCAGAUGAACAGGGUCUGCAGCAAGUGCUUCAGCUACUCAAGGACUCCCAGUCCCCAGACACAGCAACACAGAGAGCUGUGCAAGAAAAACUGGAGCAACUUAAUCAGUUUCCAGAUUUCAACAACUAUCUCAUCUUUGUCCUCACAAGCCUCAAAUCUGAGGACGAGCCCACUCGCUCUCUGAGCGGUCUCAUACUGAAGAACAAUGUUAAGGCUCACUACCAGAACUUCCCUCCCAAUGUGGCUGACUUCAUCAAACGAGAAUGCCUCAACAACAUCGGAGAUCCUUCACCGCUUAUUAGAGCUACGAUUGGCAUCCUGAUCACGACCAUUGCCUCUAAAGGAGAGUUGCAGACCUGGCCAGAACUGUUGCCUCAGCUUUGUAAUCUGCUCAACUCGGACGACUAUAACACCUGCGAGGGUUCUUUUGGAGCAUUGCAGAAGAUCUGCGAGGAUUCAUCCGAGUUGUUGGAUAGCGAUGCUCUGAACAGACCUCUUAACAUCAUGAUCCCCAAAUUCCUACAGUUUUUUAAGCACUGCAGCCCCAAGAUCAGGUCACAUGCUAUAGCGUGUGUAAACCAGUUCAUCAUUGGUCGAGCUCAAGCUCUGAUGGAUAACAUUGACACCUUCAUUGAGAGUUUGUUUGCACUGGCCGGUGACGAGGACAGUGAGGUGCGGAAGAAUGUGUGCAGGGCUCUGGUCAUGCUGCUGGAAGUCCGCAUUGACCGCCUCAUCCCACACAUGCACAGCAUUAUCCAGUACAUGCUGCAGCGGACCCAGGACCCAGAUGAGAACGUGGCUCUGGAGGCCUGUGAGUUCUGGCUGACUCUGGCUGAACAGCCCAUCUGCAAAGAGGCCCUGUCUGGGCACUUGGUCCAACUGAUCCCUAUCCUGGUGAAUGGGAUGAAAUACUCGGAGAUUGACAUUAUUCUUCUGAAGGGCGACGUUGAAGAGGAUGAGGCAGUUCCUGAUAGUGAGCAAGACAUCAAACCUCGCUUCCACAAGUCCCGAACCGUAACUCUGCAGCACGAAGGAGGGGAGGGCGAGGAGGGGGAGGACAUCGAUGAAGACGAGGACGACGACGAUGACACACUCUCUGACUGGAACCUACGGAAGUGUUCGGCCGCGGCUCUGGACGUUCUUGCCAACGUGUUUCGUGAGGAGUUGCUUCCCCAUCUCCUGCCCCUGCUCAAAGGACUGCUGUUCCACCCUGACUGGGUCAUUAAGGAGUCUGGCAUCCUAGUGCUGGGAGCUAUUGCUGAGGGUUGCAUGCAAGGCAUGGUACCUUACUUGCCUGAGCUCAUCCCCCACCUCAUCCAGUGUUUGUGCGACAAGAAGGCCCUGGUCCGCUCCAUUGCCUGCUGGACCCUCAGCCGCUACGCCCACUGGGUGGUCAGCCAGCCCCCUGACGCACACCUCAAACCCCUCAUGACUGAGCUGCUCAAACGCAUCCUGGAUGGAAAUAAGAGGGUACAGGAAGCAGCAUGCAGCGCGUUUGCCACCCUGGAGGAGGAGGCGUGCACAGAGCUGGUGCCUUACCUGAGCUUCAUCCUGGAUACGCUGGUUUUCGCUUUUGGGAAGUACCAGCACAAGAACCUGCUCAUCCUCUAUGAUGCUAUAGGAACACUGGCGGACUCUGUGGGACACCAUCUCAACCAGCCUGAGUACAUAGAGAAGCUGAUGCCUCCGCUGAUAGCCAAGUGGAAUGAGCUAAAGGACGAAGACAAAGAUCUCUUCCCCCUGCUUGAGUGUCUGUCAUCUGUUGCUACGGCGCUGCAGAGCGGCUUCCUCCCCUACUGCGAGCCUGUCUACCAGCGCUGUGUCACCUUGGUCCAGAAGACACUGGCUCAAGCCAUGGUGAGCCCCACUCACAUGCACAUGGACUUUGCAGAGAUGUACAGUCAGCAGCCAGACCAGUACGAAGCACCCGACAAGGACUUCAUGAUCGUGGCAUUAGAUCUUUUAAGUGGCUUAGCUGAGGGACUGGGGGGCCACGUGGACACGCUUGUGGCCCGCAGUAACAUCAUGACGCUGCUUUUCCAGUGCAUGCAGUCCCAGGAUACGAUGCCUGAAGUAAGACAGAGCUCAUUUGCUCUGCUGGGUGACUUGACCAAGGCUUGCUUCCCUCAUGUUAAACCGUGUAUUGCUGAAUUCAUGCCAAUCCUUGGAACAAAUCUCAACCCAGAGUUCAUCUCUGUCUGCAACAAUGCAACUUGGGCCAUAGGAGAGAUCUGUAUGCAGAUGGGAGUGGAGAUGCAGCCGUACAUCUCUAUGGUCCUGAACCAGCUGGUUGAGAUUAUUAAUCGACCCAACACCCCCAAGACCCUGCUGGAGAACACCGCAAUCACCAUCGGGCGGCUGGGCUACGUGUGUCCUCAGGAGGUCGCGCCCAUGCUGCCGCAGUUUAUCCGGCCCUGGUGUACGUCUCUGCGGAACAUCAGAGACAACGAGGAAAAAGACUCUGCCUUCCGUGGGAUUUGCAUGAUGAUUGGUGUGAACCCUGGAGGCGUGGUGCAGGACUUCAUCUUCUUCUGUGACGCAGUGGCCUCCUGGGUGAAUCCUAAGGACGAUUUGAGAGACAUGUUCUAUAAGAUCUUGCACGGUUUUAAGGAACAGGUUGGGGAGGAGAACUGGCAGCAGUUCUCAGAGCAGUUCCCCCCACUGCUGAAGGAGAGACUGGCAGCCUGCUAUGGCGUUUAGAUACUCUACACCCACCCAAGAGGUGAGCCAGCAGGAGGAGGGUGAAUGGGAAACUCAUCCAUCUGUGUAUUGCACUGCCCUGAUCUGGGGGGAGGGAGAGGGACGCUAUUGGCCGCUCCCCCUGAAGGACGGCCCCCACGCCCUAUGUGUUUGUCCAUAG